AUGACUCUUCAGGAACUUGUGAAUCAGGCAGCUGACCUGUACUCUAAUAGAAAAGCAGUAUGGUUUGAUGAAUGCAAUAACAAACCUCCAACUUCCUACACCUAUGCGACAGUGGUUAAGCUUGCCGUGGAAUUAACAGCUUUCCUUCAGAAGCACUGUGGUCAGCAAGGAAAAUGUGAAAUAGGCCUUUACUGCUAUCCAGGAAUAAACUUACCGUCGUGGAUCUUAGGAAUCCUUCAAGUUCCAGCUGCCUAUUCUCCUGUUGAUCCAGAUGCACCACCAAUGCUAUCCACAUACUUCAUGAAGAAAAGCAAUCUUCAGUAUAUUCUUGUUGAGAAUGACAAAAUAAAUAAAUUCCAGACGUCCCACGUUGGUUGGUUUUACCACAAUUCUUCCACAAUAGAACAUAUUGGUUUAACUCUCUUCCAAAUGAGCUUGAGUAAUGCUGAUUUAAAUUCACAAGUAGAUGAUGUGCAAAGUAAAUAUGAGCUUUCCAAAGCUAUGGGUAACUCGCAGCCAGGAUAUACUAUUUGCCCAGAACAAACCAAAGUGAAAACGUCAGAAGGAGGAUACAUGGAUGUUGGCCAGAAGUGUUCUUUAGCAUACGUCCUGCAUACAUCUGGAACUACAGGGAUACCCAAAAUAGUCAGAGUGCCUCAUAAAUGCAUAGUGCCAAAUAUUCAGCAUCUUAAAUCCAUAUUUGAGAUCACACAGAAUGAUAUACUGUUCCUUGCUUCUCCUCUAACAUUUGACCCAUCCGUGGUUGAAUUAUUCAUUUCUCUGACAAGCGGAGCCUCUAUACUUAUAGUACCAAACACUAUUAAAAUGAUGCCUGUGGAGCUGGCUGCUGCUCUAUUUCAUCAUCACUGUGUGACAGUGUUGCAGGCAACACCAACACUUCUCAGGAGGUUUGGAGCUCACAUUAUUAAAUCAACAGUGUUGUCUGCAAAUACUUCACUCCGUGUCUUAGCCCUUGGUGGUGAAGCAUUUCCUGUACUGAAUCUCUUGAAAAGUUGGAAGCACAAGGAGAAUAAAACAAGUAUUUUUAAUCUAUAUGGUAUUACUGAAGUGUCAAGCUGGGCCACUUGCUACAAGAUUCCUGAAGAGGUUUUUAGUCCUGAUUUUAGAACUGAAUUCCCUAUACCUUUGGGAUCACCGCUCCUUGGAACAAAAGUUGAGGUCAGAGAUACCAACGGUUCUGCAGUUCUAGAAGGCGAGGGACAAAUAUUUAUAGGUGGUGAAGAACGCAUCUGCUUUCUGGAUGAUGAAAUAACUGUACCUGAGGGUACAAUGAGAGAAACAGGGGAUUUUGCAAGAGUGCAGAACGCAAAGUUGUUCUUCCUGGGUCGGAAAGACAAUCAGAUUAAACGUCAUGGCAAACGUUUUAAUGUUGAAUGUUUGCAGCAGGCUGCAGAAGAUCUUUGUCAGGUAGAAGCUUGUGCAGUUACCUGGUAUCAGCAGGAAAAACUUAUCCUGUUUGUUGUACCCAGAGAUGAUAUAGAAGAGAGAGAAACACUUCAAGAACUCCAGAGACAUCUGCCAGCUCAUGCAGUCCCUGAUGAGCUUUUACUGAUUAAAGCUUUGCCUUUAACAUCACAUGGCAAAGUUGAUAAAUCUGAAUUGAACAAGAUUUACCAGAAUCAUCUAAACUCCAGAAGGCGUGACAGUGAGCUGAGUGGCGCUGAGGAAUUGUGGGAAAGAUUGCAGUAUUUAUGGAAGUCUGUUUUGGGUCUCCUGGGUGAUUCCACAGAAGUUUCUAAAGAUGCAGUAUUUCUGUACAGUGGUGGAGACUCCUUAAAGGCUCUGCGAUUUUCUGAUGAAAUUGAGAUGCUAGUAGGCAAAGCUGUGCCUGGACUCCUUGAAGUUAUUCUCAGUCACUCAAUUGAAGAGGUCUAUAGACAUGUUCUUAAAAUUCUGUUUCCAAAUGAAGACCAAUUAAUGAAUCGUGACAAUGUUCUGAAAAGAAAACAAAGUGGGAACAGUGGAGAGGACUUCCAGGGAAAAUACAUUAAACUGGAAUCUGAAACAGGUCUUGAGGUUGCUUCAGGGUUAAUUUCAUUUAUCGCGCUAAGCAGAGGAAAUCAUUUUUUCCCCAUAAAUUUCACCAAGUCUUUUAUGCAACCAAAUAAUACAGUACAGGUAGGAGUGGAACUGCUACAGCAACCAUCCUUUCUGCCUUUGAUGAGUCCAAGUGUAACAAAAAGCCACACACAAGGGUAUGAACUGGAGAAUGGAAUUUUAACAGAUACGAGCAAGGCAAAUGAAACCAACUAUUGCUCUGUACAGCAGAUCCAUGCAGAAUGUAGUCAUGUAGCAACAGCAGAGUUGGCAUUAUGCAUAAGGUGGAAGUCGAAUACAAGAAAAUGUGUUGAUGCAUCACCACUGGUUAUAAUACCAUCUAAAGAAGAAGUAUCUGCAUCUGUAUAUGUUGGCUCUCACUCUCAUGCAAUCCAGGCAAUUGAUCUAGAUUUGGGAGAAAUAAAAUGGGAGAAGAACCUUGGAGAUCGUAUUGAAUCUUCUGCCUGCAUAUCUAAGUGUGGAAAUUUCAUUGUUGUUGGUUGUUAUGAUGGCUUAGUGUAUGUGCUUCAAACCAGUGAUGGAGAAAUACACUGGACUUUUGUCACAGAAGAUACUGUGAAAAGUUCUGCAGUUGUAGACCCUUUCAAUGGACUAGUCUACAUAGGAUCACAUGACCAACAUGUGUAUGCUUUGGAUAUUUAUAAAAAAUCAUGUAUAUGGAAGCUGCAUUGUGAAGGUGGAGCUGUGUUUUCAUCUCCUUGUCUAAGUUCUUUCCCACAUCAUCUUUAUGUUGCUACACUAGGAGGACUAUUGCUGGCUGUAAAUCCAGUGAUGGGAAAUAAGAUUUGGAAAAGCUUCCUGGGAAAACCACUCUUCUCCUCUCCUCAUUGCAAUGAGAAGUAUGUUUGCAUUGGCUGUGUGGAUGGAAACUUGCAUUGUCACACUCAUUCUGGAGAAAAGGUUUGGCAGUUUUCCACUAAUGGACCAGUGUUUUCAUCUCCGUGUAUCUCCAGUUUAACUGAGCAAGAAAUAUUUUUUGGCUCCCAUGAUGGCUUUAUCUACUGUUGUAACAUGGAGGGUAAUUUACUGUGGAAAUUUGAAGCCACUUCAAGUGUAUAUGGAACACCAUUUGUUUUCCAAAGUGAUGAGUUAAAGAACAAAAUUCUUUUGGCAGCAGUAUCUACAGAUGGCAAAGUGUGGAUCCUGAAUGCCAAGAGUGGAACAGCAGAAGGAGUAGAUAAGCUUCCAGGAGAGGUCUUCUCUUCCCCUGUAGUAUGGGGAACAAAGCUUGUUGUGGGCUGCAGAAAUGAUUAUGUUUAUUGCCUAGAUUUGUAUGUAACAGGAAAAAAACAUUUAAGAUGUUAG